GUCGCCGCACGCCUGCCGGGAUCGGCUGCCUCCGCCGGCUCUCAGAGUCCGGAACGCGUGGGCGGCGGGAUGAAGCGCUCCCCGCCCCGCGCGGCUGAGGGGUCUGCCAGCCACUGUCGCUGCAUGAUUGCGUCUUGGAGGGCGGAAAACCACUUUUGCGUGCCACCCCGUCUUCCGGACGUACCUGCCUUGUCGCUUUAGCUCCGCGGAGGUGGAGGUCGAGGUUGGCGGGCUUUGGGACAAUCAGAUCCUUGCUGUGAGCCCGGACAGCCUUCCUCAGCUUACUGCGUUUGGAGCAUCUGGAGGCGGGGAUAUAGGGCAAGGGAAAAGGGCUCCUCUGUGAAAGGAUAACUUCCCAACCUUCCGUUCUUAGGACCUCAUGGAUCGCAGAGAGAACAAGAGAAAAUUGGAGAAUGUAGAGGUAGCUGAGCCUCGGAACAAACUCACCAGCCCAGCAUCCUCGCUGCCCACAGACCCUGCCCUCUAUACUGGGCCCUUUCCUUUCUAUGGGCGCCCUUCCGAACUGGGCUGCUUCUCUCUGGAUGCACAACGCCAGUACCACGGAGAUGCUCAAGCCUUGCGCUACUACAGCCCACCCCCUACCAAUGACCAAGGCCCCAAUUUUGACCUCAGAGAUGGAUACCCUGAUCGAUACCAACCCAGGGAUGAGGAGCUCCAAGAGGGGCUGGACCACCUGCUGCACUGGCUCCUGGAUCACCGAGGCAAGCUGGAGGGGGGUCCAGGCUGGCUGGCAGAGGCCAUAGUGACAUGGCGGGGGCACCUGACAAAAUUGCUGACGACACCGUAUGAGCAGCAGGAGGGCUGGCAGCUGGCGGCCUCCCGCUUCCAGGGGACACUGUACCUGAGUGAAGUAGAGACACCAGCAGCUCGGGCCCAGAGGCUUGCCCGGCCACCCCUCCUCCGGGAGCUUAUGUACAUGGGGUACAAGUUUGAGCAGUACAUGUGUGCAGACAAGCCUGGAAGCUUCCCAGAUCCCUCCGGGGAGGUUAACACCAAUGUGGCCUUCUGCUCUGUGCUACGCAGCCGCCUGGGAAACCACCGUCUACUCUUCUCGGGGGAGGUAGACUGCAUGGACCCCCGGGCCCCAUGCACACAGCCCCCUGCCUGCUAUGUGGAGCUCAAGACUUCCAAGGAGAUGCACAGGCCUGGCCACUGGAGGAACUUCUACAGACAUAAGCUGCUAAAAUGGUGGGCUCAGUCAUUCCUUUUGGGGGUCCCAAACGUCGUUGCUGGCUUCCGUAACCCAGAGGGUUUCGUCUGUUCCCUCAAGACCUUUCCUACCAUGGAGAUGUUCGAGUAUGUCAGGAAUGACCGUGAUGGCUGGAAUCCCUCCGUGUGCAUGAACUUCUGUGCUGCCUUCCUUAGCUUUGCCCAGAACACAGUUGUCCAGGAUGAUCCCAGGCUUGUCUAUCUCUUCUCCUGGGAGCCUGGCAGCCCAGUCACAGUGUCUAAACAUCAAGACGCACCCUACGUCUUCCUGCCCACAUGGUAUGUGGAAGCUGUGACCCGGGACCUCCCAUCAGCCCCCAGGACACCUUCCCCCAAAGACUGAGACCUUGAAAGGGCUGGUCCUGUCUCUGUGUGCACAGAUAAAAGCAUAUUUCUAGGUG